CUCAGCGUGGCUCGUUUUAGUAUAGUACUGACCGCCAUACUGUACAGACGACGACCAAAAUGCGGAGUGGGUUAAUUAUUGCUGCUUUGUACUAUCUAUCCCAAGAAAAUAAAAACCGGCGACGACGAAGACUCCAUGUUCAUCCAUUGAUUGAGCAGAGAGCCGUUGCAGGAGAAUUUGUCUUGUUAUAUGGCACUUUGAGGGCUGACGAAAGUAAAUUCUUUAAUUACUUUCGAAUGUCAACUAGAACUUUUGACGAAUUACUGGCAAAGAUACAGGAUAAACUGGUCCAUUGCAGCUUACGAAUCGUGCCUAUACCACCGAUUGAACGACUAAUGGUGACUUUAAGAUUUCUUGCUACGGGUCGAACAUAUACGGAUUUGCAGUAUUCAUUUAGGAUGGGAAUCGCAACAAUCAGUAAGAUCGUGGACGAAGUGUGUAAAGUAACAUGGAACACGCUACACAAUGAAUGCAUACCAUCAAAUACACCUGAUAUGUGGCUAAAUAUUGCUAACGGUUUUCUACAAAAGACCAACUUUCCAAAUUGUAUUGGAGCUAUUGAUGGCAAGCACAUCCGAAUCGUAAAUCCAACCGGUGGUGGAUCAAUAUUCUACAACUAUAAAAAUUUUUACUCCAUUGUUCUGCUGGCUAUGUGCGAUGCAGAUUAUUGUUUUACAUAUGUAAACAUUGGAGCAUAUGGGAAAAGCUCGGACUCGACUAUAUUUCAAAACAGUACACUCUACAGGAGCCUUGAACAAAACACUUUAAAUAUUCCUAGACCGAAGCCAUUGCCUGGAACAAAUACUCCAGUUGAACAUGUAAUUGUGGGUGAUGGUGCUUUUGGCAUAUCCAAUAAAAUUCUAAAGCCAUAUGCACGAUCCAAUAUGACCCACAAGAAAAAAAUAUUUAAUUAUAGACUGAGCCGUAGUAGACGAUACAUAGAAUCUACAUUUGGUAUAAUGACAAACAAGUUCAGAGUGUUUCAUACACCUAUUAAUGUGAGUUUUGAUGUUACAAAGAAUAUAGUUAAAGCAUGCUGCGUAUUGCAUAACUUUAUAAGACUUCGCGAUGGUUAUCGUAUAGAAGACACACUUACAAUUGAGGGUAUGGUAGACCUGCCAGCUGUACCUACAAACAGGUCUGGACACGCUCUGCGAGAACAUUUUGCUGAGUACUUUGUUAGCCCUAUUGGAAGCGUGCCCUGGCAAGAUUCGUGUAUAUUUUAACUUGAAAAGGCUUUAUCCUGUAGUAGUGUAGGUAUUUAGAUAAUAAAAUAAGAAAGUAAACAAACCAAGUUGUUGUUUUUCUUCUCCUGAAAUAUUUUCGAACAAUGUGUCCGCAAUAUCCUCCCAGGCUUUGUUUCUUGCAUCUUUAUUUUUGUAGAGUGGAUCGGAUGCAUCCCACAAUUUCUUCCUCAGGCGUACCUCAUCGAUAACUCGACUUGUAUCCACUUCGCGAUUCGCCAUGACUGUACGCGCUGACGACGUCCGCUCCGCUCGACGCUAGAACGCUCACUGAAAGCAGAGGCGCUCGGGCGAUCGUCAGCGCCGACAGCUACGCGGGGCCGACGCGCGACGCGUACGGCCGCGUAGCUAUCAGCGCUGACCACUGUGCGCGCUGAUAGGUACGCAUCAUUUAACCCGGCGUCAUUGUGGCUAAUAAACAGAACUUGGCCGUUGUGGCCGGGUAAAUUUUACCCAUGUACAUUAUUGUACACUGAAUCAAGCAUAUGUCAAUAUUAGUCUUCUAUAAUAGGGAAAUAGGUAGUUAAAUACAUUAUUAAUAAAAAUCAAACAUUUAUUUAUCAUAAAAUGAGCAUCUUACUCAUCAAAUUAAAUCUUUUUAUUCUGGGAUAAUUUUUUUAGAACAUAACUUAAAACGUUUAUUCGAAAACAUAACAUAAUAGACAUUUAGAGACAAAACAUAAAAUUUUCUUUAGAACAUAAACAUGAAAUUAUGAACUAUAUAAAACAAAGCUUAUUUACUAAUAAUAUAUCGACUUAUUCGCUAUCGAGAUCUACGCAACUUUGGCAUAAUGGGAUAAUGUGUUGUAUACAAAUAGGCUUAUUACACUUAUUGCAGUUAUGCCUAGUUUUUUUGUCUUUGGCAGAAGGACAGUCUUUGCAUCUCGUAUAUGUUUUAGAACUUUUAUUCGAAGGGUAGGUCAUCAUUUCACCGACUUGUUCGUGAAUACGUUUACGUAAGCCUCUCGGUAAGUUCUCCAUAUUUUUUCUCACGCGAAGAUGACCUUCAAGCAUUGA